AUUGCGUAUUCGUUAAUGAGCAGAGCACUAGCGCGGCCCCUCACCCGCAUCUCAUCUCUCUUUCCCCCCUUCGCUUCCUUCGUUUGUGCGUUGCCUUUUUCUUUCCGCCGCGGCAACUGUGAGCCGGCCCGAUCGAGCCGCCCACCUCGAGAGGCCGCCAUAAUUCAUUCCAUCCAUUCAUCCGCUGCCGCGUAUAUAAGCGCGGCCAUUGGGGCGCUCGUGGGGUGCUCGUCACAUCGUCGCAUCAGGCGCGCGCAGGCCGAGAUCAGAUCGGCGGCGGCGGCGGCGACGGCGACGGCGACCAUGUUCAGCGGGACGCAGCAGAAGUGCAAGGUGUGCACCAAGACGGUGUACCCCAUGGACCAGCUCUCCACCGACGGCGCCGUCUUCCACCGCGCCUGCUUCAAGUGCCACCACUGCAAGUCCACCCUCUCCUUUAGCAGCUACUCCUCCUUUGAAGGAGUGCCCUACUGCAAGCCCCAUUUCGCGCAGCUGUUCAAGGAGACCGGGAGCUACAACAAGAGCUUCCAGUCACAAUCCCCCGCGAAAUCUGCGACGGAGAAGUUGACUCCUGAGCUGACCAGAUCGCCAAGCAAAGCUGCGGGCAUGUUUUCGGGAACGCAGGACAAGUGCGCCACUUGUGGUAAAACAGCAUACCCUCUUGAGAAGGUGACAGUUGAAGAGAAGUCCUACCACAAGUCCUGCUUCAAAUGCUCUCAUGGAGGCUGCGCCCUCUCGCCGUCCAACUACGCGGCCUUGGAAGGCAUCCUCUACUGCAAGCACCAUUUCUCCCAGCUUUUCAAGGAGAAGGGGAGCUACAACCAUCUGAUCAAGUGCGCAUCGGUCAAGCGCGCAGCAGAGGCGCAAACAGCACAGGCGGCGGCACAAACAGCUCCGGCGGCUGCUGAAUCCUCCUGAUUAUGCUGCCAUCUUCAUAGUGGGCUUUGAGGGCGAAAGUUUGGAAAGCGCCUCUUUUUUUACGAUUGUAACCUGCUGUGUGCUGUGUUCUAGCUCUGGGGAUACCAGGACUAUAUUUCGUGUCCCCAUAUGUGGCUAGCUCGAUCACGUUGUUGAACCAUGGAGUUGAAUGUCAUUUCGGAAGAAAUUGUUGUGCAUCAA